AUGCGGGUUUUAGAUACCAGCUCUUUGAAAUUUGUCGAGUUUGACGAAUUCCCCGACAAGGAAUAUGCCAUCUUAUCACAUACGUGGCUAAGGCAGGCGCUGGAGGAUGGCCUAUGGAUACAGGGCGAACUCGAAUAUAAGGAUUUGAAACGCAUUUCUGCUUCCCAGCUUGAGAAUCUUAGAAAUGGGGGUUGGGAGGGGUCUCGUUUGAAAAAAAAAGGCUGGGAAAAGAUUGUAGGAUUCUGCAAUUUGGCGAGGCAUGAGAUGUAUGAGUAUGCUUGGAUGGACACAUGCUGUAUCGACAAAUCAAAUCCAGAAGAGACGAAGCGCUCCAUUCAUGGCAUGUGGGAGUUUUAUACGCACGCUGCAGUGUGCUAUGCUUAUAUUGAGGAUGUGAACAUGAGGGACAAAGAAGGGAAAUCGGAGGGAGCAUUCAACGCCGCAAAAUGGUUCAGUAGGGGGUGGACAUUGCAGGAGCUUCUUGCGCCUAAGAAGCUCCUCUAUAUGGAUCGAAAUUGGUGCGAGAUUGGAAGCCGUGAGACCAAGGGUGCCCCGGGGACGGGAUUGACUCACUUGCUCCAGAAAUAUGUACGAAAAGUACCCAUGGAAAACGAUUUGGCUACACAGCUCUCGUGGGCAGCAGCCCGAAAUACAACCCGCCUUGAAGACCAGGCCUACUCGAUUCUUGCAUUACUGCAGAUUGAAAUGGAUGUGGAUUAUACCGCAGGGAAGCAUGCUUUUCUCCAGUUUCAAAGGGAAUUGAUCAGAAAAUACGAUGAUCUAUCUUUACUUGCUUGGUUCAGUAAUCCUGAUAUCCAAGACAGGUAUGAAAAGCGCCAUGGGGAACAAGCUCCAAAGCUAGGGAUAUUAGCACCUAGCAUUGAUUAUUUCCAGAAAAAGAGGGCUCGUGGAAAAAUGAUCCUUACUGGGAAGCGGAAGGCACAGAACAAGACAAAUCAUACCCCGGAAAUGGAGUAUCGCUCUGAUCACCGCUCUAAUUAUCUACAUGUCCGAGCAAAGAUUUUCAGAAUUGGUGACCUCUACGUGAGAUACAAAAGAUUAGGGCAGGUAGUACGCAUUAUGGGCACAGUCGUUCAUUAUGUUGUACAAUUGUUUAUAUACAGUACAGAGCAAGGAGAGGAGAAAAGUGUUGGAAUAAUCGUUGUCGAAGAUCCAGAAGAAAAGGGCUGGUUUAUUAGGGAGUACCACAGCAAGGGAUUGUUCCUAUUCAAGUAUAACCCAGGAGAUAAGGGUGAAAAUCCUACAUGCAGAGGGAGAUUCAGUCCUGGAUAUCACUCCGAGGAGACUUGGGAAAAUUGGACUAUAGAGGAGCAAAGCUGGAACGAAAUCAAUUUCAGAUGCGAAUAA